CAAAACCGGAAAUAGUACAAAGAAAAUGAAAGUAUCUGGAUUCCACUGUCAAACAUUUCUCUUUUAUAGUGUCAAUAGAGGCACAUAAUGUGGCAGUAUUUAAACAGUGGUGUGUGAGAAAGUGGAGUAGAACCUGAGGAAAAUAAAUCACGGGAUGUCUCUGGGAGAACAGAUGAGAAAAGACUGGACUGAUGUAAACCCAACAGGCAUCGCGCAAUGUCUGUGAUAACAAGAACUCUUACAACAUUUGCUCUGUUUCACCUGGCAUUAUGCAUGGACAUACCUGCCCCGGUACAUCUGAACCUAUCUUCCCACAAUUUCGUCCACACAUUGUCCUGGGAAAAAGGGACCGGCUCUCCUGAUGGUGUCCACUACACAGUCAAAAUACGGGCACUCAGUGAGGGAGAGGUGGUGGUGAAGGAGUGUGUGAAUGUGACGUCUCCUCUGCGAUGUGACCUGACAGAAGCCUUAUCUGAUGUGGAGGAAACCUAUUACAUCAGUGUGUUUGCUGCUCUGGGCAGCCAGAAGUCACAAGAAACACACUACGAAGCAAUCAAACCCAUUCUUAACACAACGUUUGAGGCGCCGCUGCUGACAGUCACAGCAUAUAAUCGUUCGCUCAAUGUGAGUCUCAGUGCUCUAGAUGAGAGACUCCAUGAAAUUUACGAUUCACACAGGUUUCACUAUAAACUGUGGGUACACAGUGAAGAUGGGGCAAAGUUUGAUGUGGACAUUGACGGGUUAGGGUACGGGACCAUUACCGACCUGGCCCCUGGCCGAAGGUACUGCGUGAAUGUCACUAUCAUCGGUCACAGCACACCCCCCAGACCGCCAGUGUGUGCCUCCAUCCCUCCAUCCCCGGAAACUGUAAAUCUCUCAGAUGUAGUGGUCUCUGUUGUCCUGUGUCUGCUGAUGCUGCUGUUACUGAGGUUCGCCCCCAGACUGGUUACUCGCUGCUUCUGUUUAAAACCCCUUCCUGCAGUCCUGAGAUCGGUUGUGAGUGUGAAGAAAGUUCUUCUCAUCACUGCUGCUGAGCCCAUUAACACUGUCUAUGAGGACAGAGACUUCAUCCAGAAGAUCAAGAGGAACGGCGAGGAAAUAGACGUGGAAGAAGAGACAGAGGAGGCUGUGAAAUAUGAGAGAAUAGUGGCACAGUAUCUGGAGGGUCAAGGUUCCUCACUGAUCAUUUGUCCAGUGUCAUCCAGCCCGGAUUUGCUUAUGAUUCAGAGUCCCGAUGCAGACCCGAGCCUCACCUCUUCCACAGACGCUCAGAGUCUGAUUGUGUUUGAGGAUGUCCGCACCACUGAGCCAACUGGUUCUCCUCAGGAAACAAGUCCCCUUCAGAGCUUAAGCCUGGUUUCGUCCACACAUGUGGAGGAUGAGGAGAGCGGGACAGAUGUGAACCUGUUCUCAGUGAAGUUAGGAGGAGUUUCGGCAGAACCGCACAAAGCUGAACCUGAUCAAAUCCUCAGUAUUAAAGUUGAGCUGGGAUCAUAUCCUCAGAGCCUGUUACAGACUGACUCCCAGUCACAAACCUCCAUUGGGAAGUACAUUCCAGAGGGAGAUGAGGAAGAUGAGGAAUGUUCAGACUACUUGAGUCGAAAUUAGAUUCCUGGAAAAAUUAACUAAAUCCUUGGCAUUAUUUCAGAGUAAAUGUGAGAAUAUUAAAGUGCACGCAAGCAUGUAAAGAUGUAUAUGUAUUUUUAUACUGAAUUGAUUAUUUUUUCUUUAUUUGAUAAAGUGGUUUUAUUUUUUGUAUUUCAGUCUGAUGGAGAUAAAGGCAUACUGACAUUAUUCAUAUCUGUAUUGCUGGAUGAGGAACAGAACAGUGUUUAUGUCAGGGUCAGCUGUGGCCCAGAGUCUGAACUUUGUUGUAUCAUCACCAUUACCAUUUCAUUUAUUUAGUCAUUUUCCCAUCACUUUCUGGAUAGGUUUAGAUCUCGAGACCCGUUCACACCAAUGACGAUAACUAUAAUAACUAUAAAGUAUAAAUAAUUGUUAUGAUUCUAUGAGAAUUACAGAGUUCACAUCAUAACUAUACCGAUAACAACACAGAGGAACAGUGUCAUUGGAAUCGCACAAUUUCUUUUCCAGCUGAUGAAUGUUAAAAAGAUCGACAGCCAAUCAGAAUCCAUCCGAGUUUAAAAAGCACACACAUUUAAAACAGCGGACGACUAAACGUAUUUUAUAGCUAUGGUGUGAACGGGCCUUAAAUCUUGUGCUGCUGUUUGUUACGAACAAAGAAAACAUCUGUCCGUUACUGAAGAUAUUCUUAAUAUUAGUUAAAGUCUCCAUGAACUCAAAAUGGACAGUUCUUGUUUUUUUAUGGAAUAUUGCAGUGUUUAUUAUAAGUAAUUAAAUUUUUUUUACAACCAGUGAUUCCCUGAGGUUCAUUGACAUAAAGCCAUAUAUACUGUAGAGCAAAUCAACUGGUGGAUUACAUCAUUGCCACAUGAAGUUUAUCGCCCAACUCUGUGAGCUAUUAGGCAUUACGUCACACAUUUCUGUAUGGCUGCUUUGAAACCGCGUGUAUUGUGAAAGGCACUAUACAAAUAAAGUGUACUUGACUUGUGAACAGUACUGCAACAAUAAACUCACUUACCAUAAAUGACUUCAAAAA